AGAGGAGGAAGAAAAAAAAAAAAAAAGAGACAAAAGGAUCACCACUGUCAAGUGGCCAGACACUAGACGCGGGGACGGACGUUAACGUCGCGAUGACGUGGCGGGGAAGAAGAUGAGCGCGGAGGUGACGAAGGAGGUCGUCGCCACCGAGAGGGUCCCGACGAGCCCUCCGGCGGCGGUCGCGACCUCACCGGGCACGGUCGGCGCCGGCGACCUGUCCGCGCGGCAUCUGCCGCCCUUCAGCAGCUUCGCCGGCGACAACACGAUGGACACCUCGACGACGCUGACGACCCUCCACGCCCAGGACAUCGGGUCGGGUCUGAUGUCGUCCUGGGAUUACUACGAGGGCCUGACCGGUCGGCUGAUCGAUUCCCGCGGCGAGGUGAUCAUGGCGAACACUAUUGGCGGUCAGUACCGACCGUGGGAGUCUAAAGGCGGCGGCGUAGAGGGUCUACCCAGCUUCGCCAGUCAAUUCACCGCCCCGAGCGAGGCCGAGCCGCAGUUGACGGCGCUCACGCCACUAUCGCCGGCGUCCAUCUCGCACUCGCCGCCGGUCACGUCGGCCGUGGGCCUGCCGAGCUUCCACACGCUCGGGACGCCACUUCCGGCGCCGCACCCUCAUCGCGGAUCGGUCGGUUAUCCCCUGGUCCCGGCGCCGGUGCAGGCUCGGGAAGUCCCGGCGCUUCAGCAGCAGCUCCUCGACGAGCGUCACAUACAACUGUUGGGCUCCAGUCAGGUCCAAGCGUUCCCGCCACCGGGUCACCCGCAUCACACGGUCCUGACGGUGGUGAAGCCCGACCCUUAUCCCCAGCUGCACCACGCGAAUUUUCAAAACCCGAUGUCGACCGUGCUGGACUCCUCGCCGACCUCGCGACCGAUCGGCAUCGACGGCCGCAAGAAGGAACGUAGAAAAAUCCGGGCUGGCUCCAUGGAAUCGGAAGAUGGCGGCGGUGGAGGUGGAGGCGGCGGCGGCGCUGGUACCGGCAACGUGGAGAGUUCCGGCCAGGUCGCCGCUGUGUCCUCCACCGCGAAUCGCGGCGUUCACCACCUCGGCGGCGGCUUGACCGACGGCGACGGCGACGGCGGCCUCGGCGACAAGCCGGCGAAGAAGAAGCGGAAACGCUGCGGCGAGUGCAUAGGCUGCCAGCGCAAGGACAACUGCGGUGACUGCGCGCCCUGCAGGAACGACAAGAGCCACCAGAUCUGCAAGAUGAGGAGAUGCGAGAAGCUCACGGAGAAGAAGCACCUGUACCACCUGCAAACCGGCGAAGGGGCUUUUCGGGAGCGAGGAAGGGGACGAGGCAAGGGUGCCACGAGGAGUUAUCGAAAGAUUGCGCGGCAAGUCAAUACGCCUGACAGUGCGCCAGCUGGUCUUGGUAGCCCGCAGGCUGGUAUCGGUGGUUUGCAGCAACAGCACCAGCAACAAACGCAGCAAUCUUUGCACCAGGCAGAUCCCAUGCAGCAGACGAAGGACAAUCUCAACCCCGCGGCGAACCAACAAACGGGCGCCUUGAGGAACGGCAACCCACCACCACCCGUCGUUUCUAUGUCACCCGGAGUGAUGCCAUUUUACGGAGAUUCCGGCACCGGCUUCCGACCCGCGGCUGGUUUUGGAAACGCGGUCUGGCAUCAGGGAGUCGGACCCGUCGCAGUCGAGACGUCACCGGCUCCAUGGCCGCCUCAACAAUUUAUUCAACAAAUUUCCGCGCCAAAUCAACUCGACGAGUUGAGGUACCAUACUCAGUAUGGCGCCGCGACACCCUAUCAUCCUCAAGCAGUCCCAUAUCAACAACAAACCUUUAUACCGGCGGAUCAGUCUGCGUUUCAACGAGCCGGGACGACGGGACAGUACACCAUCACGGGACAGCCUUCACCGUUGGCUCCUGUUGGAGGACAGACGGUGGUUUCGACAUCCCAGAGGCAGUUGAAUGGACAAUUUGUAGAUCCUGCGGCCACCGCUAAUCAGUCAGUCACCUACGAAAGACAGGAUUACGUAAAUGGCUAUCAACAACAAGAAGUGACAAUGGCACCGCCCCCGUCAACGACGCCGACGAGUCGCAGCAGCUCGGUGCACAUGGAUAGUCAACAACAGCAACAACAGGGAGGUCAACAACAGCCACCGCAGCAGCAGCAGCAGCAACAGCAGCAGCAGCAGCAACCCACCGCGGAUACGCAAGUAAAAGGAUUCGCCACGAUUGCCGCCACUAACGUGUCGGGAAACGAGAUGCCUGGGUAUCCACUUCAACCGGACCCACAGAGUUUACACAGCUCUAACGGAUAUCCAGGCUACGUGGAAAUGGGUCAGCAAUCAUCGCAGAACCAAUGGCAAAUGGUUCAGCAGCAGCAGCAGCAACACCAUCAGCAAACUCAAAUUCAACGACAACAAUCGACGGUUGACAAUAAUCAACAACACAUGUGGUCAGACACGAGUGGAAAAAUGAACAGCGCCGUCAACAGUAACAUGAAUUGGCAAGAAGGAGCGAUGCAACAACAAUCGCAUCAUCCGCAACAAAGUAUGCAGGGCAAUCUAAAGCAAGUGGAACAGCAACAAGCUACUCAAAUGCAGGAACUGCCGAGACCGGCGAGUCACAUGAGCUGGGAAACUGGAAGCGUAAAGGAACCCCAAACACCACAAUCGUGGUCCGAGAACGCUGACAAUCAGCAGCAACAAACUCAGGGAAACUGGUCGCGACAGAGUCCGAAGCUGAGGGAUCCACAAAACCCACGGUUGACGCCAUCCAAUCAGCAGCAACAGCCUCAACAUCAGACGUGGCUGCAACACUCUCCAAAACUGUCGGACCACAAUAAUGCUCAACAAAGCGCGAGGAUGACGCCUUCCGUCCAGCGUAAUUGGCAGCAAAAUAGUCCGGAGAUGCAAGGACCUCAGCAAAAUCCGAGACUCACGCCUUCACAACAGAUGCAACAGCAACAACAGUCGCAACAACAGCAGCAGCAGCCGCAACAAUCACAACAACAACAACAGUGGACGCAGCAAACCAAGGUGGAGCAGAAUCCCAGACUCACACCGUCCAAUCAAAUGUCGUGGCCGGAUACGCCGACUAGUCAACCAAAUUGGUCACCAAAUAGCAUAAAGAGUGAUAAUAGUCAACAGCCACAGCAACAGUGGCAGGACUCGCAGCCCAGUCCUAGACGAACUCCAAGUCAUCAGUGGCAAAAUCAACUGACGCAGGAGAAUAAAUUAGACAAUCAAAUGUCCUGGUCGCCAAACUCGGUAUCGGAGAAUCAACCGAGUUGGGGGCAACAAACGACGAAGCAGGACAUGCAAAAUUCUGGAGAAAGAAUCGCGUGGCAACAACAACAAACAAUGAUAGACACUAAUAAGCCGAAUGGAUUUCCAGAAAAUCAGGAUAAUCCGGAGAACAACGUCUAUGCUCAAUCCAAUCGAGUCAAUCUCAAUAGUCGGCUAAAAUCGAUGAUUCUGAACAAGCAGCAGCAGCAGCAGCAGCACCAACAACAACAACAACAACAGCAGCAGCAGCAGCAGCAGCAACAACAACAACAACAACAAAUGCAACAGCAAUUGCAGACUCAUCAUCAGAUGCAAUCGCAACACAUUAACAGCAACAACGGAUCCUCCGGAGAAUAUCCAACGGAUGAUCAGAUACGCGACGCGCACGAAAACAGCGAGAAGAUGCAGGAAAAACGCACGGAUCAUUUUAUCAAUCAAUCAAACAUUAUUUCGAUGACGCAACCUAAUGAAAAUUUGACCGGUAAUUUUUUAUCGCAUAGCCACCACCCUCGGGUAGAUAAUUUGCCCGACGGUGGUGGCUUAUGGGAAUGGACGGAAGGAGCACAUAAUCACGAUAAUAACGAUAACAACAAAGAUAGCGGUGAUCCUGCAUUACCGUCAGAAAAUGGAAUGACAGCCCUCGAAAGUUUCAUGAAGCUCGCUACGGAGAACAAAAGCGAUAUCGUCGAUCGAUCGUGCGACAAAGAGAAGAAUCAACCAUCCUGGGAGGCGCAGAGGAAAGACAACGAAGUCAUAGACGACAAAUCGUUUCAGCAAAGACUAUGCAUGGAUCAAAUCGGGGACACGUCCUUCGAGGAAGCCCAGAAGACAUCUGACAGUGACGAGGUGAAAAGCGACAGCCUGGAUUUUCUGAAGACGGCGAGCAUUAACGUCCACGCGUCUUCCCAAGACAUCGAAAAAUGCGACUCCGAGCAUGCGAUCAAGCAGGAGAACCUCGGGGAUUACAACUGUGACGGCGACACGUCCAACGUCGCCGAGAACGUCGAAGAGAAUGAAAAAAUGGUACCGGAUUAUAAAUUCCGCGGCGACGGCGGUCCCGCGAAGGUAUCGCCGGAAACCGGUUCGUGGUGCUGUCGCAGAGGUGGGACCGAGCAACCAACCCCGGAACACCUGAGGGACGGCUGUUGCCAGGGUCUUCAAACCAAGGACGAAAUGCUGGCCGAUUCCCCGCAAGCGGCCGAGUUAAAAAACGAAGGGCCGCACAGUCCGCGUACUCCUGCGUCUGCGGCGACGAGCACGGCGACAAAAUUGCAAGACCACUUGGACAAACUGAAGAAUAAUGUGAGGACCGAAGUGCCGGACUGCAACUGCUUCCCCGCCGACAAAUGUCCGCCAGAGCCCGGCUCAUACUACACUCAUCUCGGGGCGGCUGCAAGCCUGCCUGAUCUAAGGAACGAUCUCGAGAGAAGAACCGGCCUUAAGGGCGACGCGAUAAGAUUCGAAAAGGUCAUCUAUACUGGCAAGGAGGGUAAAACCACGCAGGGAUGUCCGAUGGCCAAGUGGAUCAUCCGACGGUCUGGCAUUGACGAGAAGAUCUUAACCAUCGUGAAGCAUCGUCAAGGUCACAAGUGUCCAACCGCCUGGAUCGUCGUAGCCAUGGUUGCUUGGGAGGGAGUGCCGACUCACGAAGCGGAUCGGAUCUACUCUCUCUUAAGUCACAAGCUCAAUCGAUUCGGUCUUCCAACGACUAGACGGUGCGGCACUAAUGAACCACGGACUUGCGCGUGCCAGGGACUCGAUCCUGACAGUUGCGGCGCCAGCUUCUCCUUCGGCUGUUCCUGGUCGAUGUAUUACAACGGCUGCAAGUACGCCAGGAGCAAAACGGUCCGCAAGUUUCGUCUGUCCGUACGGUCAGAGGAACAAGAGGUCGAAGAGAGAAUGCACGUCUUGGCGACGCUUCUGUCACCUUUAUAUCUCAGCCUCGCCCCGGAAGCCUUCAAUAAUCAAACUCAAUUCGAACGAGAGGCGAGCGAGUGUCGUUUGGGAUUUAAGCCAGGUCGGCCCUUCUCCGGGGUUACAGCUUGCAUUGAUUUCUGCGCGCACUCUCAUCGGGACCUACACAACAUGAAUAACGGAUGUACCGUGGUAGUUAGCCUGACGAAACAUCGAACACUAUCAAAACCCGAAGACGAACAGUUACACGUACUACCUCUUUAUAUAAUGGACGACACAGAUGAAUUUGGUUCAAAAGAAGGACAAGAAAAGAAGGUUCGCUCCGGCGCUCUUGAAAUUUUAUCCAAAUAUCCAUGCGAGGUUCGAGUUAGAUCAGUUCCGCUGCAGCCCUGCAGACGUCACGGUAAAAAAAGGAAAGACGACGAAUCUGAUAUUUCGAGCGGCAAGAAGGAUACAGUCAAGACUUUCGCGGAGAAGAUGGUGGAUGCUGGACGUUCCGCAGACUCUUCCAAGCCACAAUUGAGAGACUCGCAAUUGUCAUUGGAGAUGACACCGAUGUUUGAAGGAAUGGACGCGCAAUUGCAAAGUUCUCAGGUAUCGUCCACAGUCUUAGAUAGUCCGGUAUCCAUGUAUCAAGGUUGGGGAUCGUAUCAGAAUGAGCAACAAGGGUGGAAUCGCAAUGGCUGGCUCGAACAGCGAAAGAACAACUGGUUGAAUCCAUGGGGAGAGUAUCCCUCGUUUAGCGGUUUAGAAAGGGACAUCAAGGUGGAUCCAGACAGUACCAGCUUGGAUCCAGAUAUCAGACCUAAAAGUACCGUUUCCCAAGAAGAGCACAGACCGAACUCGAGGAAUCUAGCCAACUCUACGAUGGAUUCAGCCAGAGGAUGUUAUGGAAAUUCAACUAGAACUCACCUCGUUUCACCUCGUUCCCACGCGAAUGUACCUGGAGAAACUUCUUACGGCAUGUCGCCGAGAGGCUGCGGCCCGAUGCUUCACGAUCCAAAGAUGAUUUCGUCGAAAGGACUGGAACAUAUGAAUAUGGAAAAUAAUUAUAAUCAUCAUAUGGUACCUGGGAAUUAUAUCGCUUCUGAUAAUAGACAAAAUGACUGUUCUGCGAGAAUCGGUUCCCUCAAUUCGUCAUUCGGCGUGGAACCCGCGCGAAACACUCCAUCCAAGAUGAAUCCAUCGCCAACUAUUCAUCACGUUCGCAACACGGGACAAGAUUACGUCGCCAAUCAGUUGAGAUUAUCAUCUCCCAGAUACCCGGAAGAUUCUAGUCAGCAGAAAUACCCAAACGCCAUGACGCAAAAUUAUAUAGAUGCUGAAAAUUCGGCGAAACUGCUGAGGCCGCAGACUGAGCAAACAUUCGCAAAUAGAACGCAACAUCCUUAUCCAUCGCAACAGCAGAUGCAAUCGCCCAUAAAUUCCGGCUAUCAGAAUCAAUAUGGCAACGGUAACGCGGCAAAUUUAUUCUCCUGCGUAGACAAUAGUAAUCAUAAGUCGAUGGAAACUCCAAACACGGACAUUUUGAUGCACGGUUCAUUGCACUUGCCAGGAUUUGAACAGCGAAAUGACGCACAAUGCUCAUUGAUGCAGAAUGAUCAACGAAAACCCAUUUAUCAUGCGCAAAGACAAUCGGACUCGAAGCCCUUCGUCAAUCAUCCUGUAUCCCCGUCUUCCGAUCAAGUUGCUUGUCCGCGUAAUUGGAAUACCGCGAACUCGUGGAGUCCCAAUCAAGUUAAGAAUCCGCAGCAGUCCAAUGAUCAGCAGAUGAUAGGUGAUAGAAGAAUCUGGGCCGGUAAACUAGCAAGACCAGAUCAAACCAAGAUUGCUUCCUGGGAAACACCAUCCGAGCCGUCGCCAUUCCGAGUGCCAAAAGGAAGACCGCCCUCACGCACGAUAUCGAAUCAGAACCCAUCCGCAGAGCCCAAUAUGUAUCCGAAUCCUUUGAACAAAACGUUUUUGAAACCACCAGACUCGACAAAGCCUAUCUUUGCAAAUGCCCUAAGUAGCAGCCCGAUUCAAAACGGAUGCAUAUCCAAUCAAGCGAAGAAUAAUUACCCAGGAGAUAAAAUGCGAGAGGGAUUCUACGACGGCAGGCAGGAAGUGUCCAAUUCUAACUCGAAUUCUCUGGCAUGGGCCGAGGAGAUGAAACAAGUACAGGACUUUCAUGCCAUGUCCGGUUUAAGUCACCAUGCGUUUCCGCAAUACGGAUACCCGACUUAUCCGGUAUUCGAGAAACCCUACGCAAACUCGUGGGAAGGUUACAACUACAAUCAUCAUCAGUCGUAUCAGACUCCGGAAUAUUCUCAACAGUUUUAUCAGCAACCGAAGCGCGAAGGCUGCUUCCACUCGUCUCAGUAUCCGUACCAGGGCCUGAAUCCGACGUACCAAGGUUUGAAUUCCGGUUGGACGAGGUGGGACGCACCGCGAUGGGACAUCUACGGACCGCCGCCCUACUUCCCGGUGUUACCGGAGCCGCCGCCAAAAGCGGAGCCGCUCGGCGAAGUGGCGGAUUACUCUGAAAACGAGGAGUGUUUCAAAGAUCCGCAAAUGGGCGGCGUCGCGAUUGCCUUGGGCCAUGGCAGCGUACUCUUCGAGUGCGCGAAGCACGAAAUGCAUGCCACCACCGCCCUGAAAGUGCCUAAUCGCCUCAAUCCAACCAGGAUUAGCUUGGUAUUUUAUCAACAUCGCAAUCUGAACAGACCCAGGCACGGUUGGGACGAGUGGGAGGAGAAGAUGCGGCUGCGUAAAUUGGGCGUCACGACGUCUGCCAAUAGUAUCAGUAGUAUGUCCUCGUCGACGACCAGCUCGUCGACUUCAACCACCGCGACGAGUCCCGGAGGCAGUUCCGGCAAGUCGACGCCGCUUCCGCCGCUGACGCACAUUCCAAGUGUUCCCAGCUCGCAGUUCAUGAUGAGAUCGCCCACGUAUACAACGAUGACCUGGACGACGCUCUUCCCGAUGCAUCCUUGCAUGAUAACUGGCCCGUACCAGGAAGGCGGUGCGAUUGGAUGAGUCGAGGUCGGACGGUGCAACUUCGAUCGUUGAUGACCGAAGCCUUGUACCGAGAGAUUACCAGAAUCCAAGGAGGGGAUCUUAAGGAUAACGAAGAUCCUGACACGACGAGAAUCGCGACGUCUCCGAUCGAGGAUGAGCGACGAGGAUGGCGACUUUUACCACGAGAGGCUUUAUAUUGUUAUUAUCGUUAUAGUUAGUUAUUCCGAGAGAAAAAAAAGAAGAAACGAGAAACACAAUUUGCACUGCCAUUUUUCUAUUUCGGGUUUUACGCAGGAUUUUAACAUAGCGACAAAAAAAGCGUGCUCGAAGAAAGCCUCGCCGGGUGUUGAUAUCACCCUUUAUCGGGGCUCGCAUUUUAUAUUGACUUUUUACUGACAAGAGCUGAACUCGAAAAAAAAAACGAGGCUCCUGUAAUCGAACCGGAGGCUCACAAAAUUGAAAUGACAAUGAAUGAUGUAUAACGACCGAGGCUAAUGACGUAUCAGGAAAAAGCUCCGAUGAAAGGCUACGCCUUGCGAAGACUUUGAUACGAUUAUAGAUUUUCGUAUUCUGAUCCUGUACACUUUAAGUAAUAUCGCUUACAUAUAACGAUUUCGUGUUGGUAGAAUUGUAAUCUUAUUAGCUAGUCGAAGUCUAGAUGAUGAAUCACGCGAUAUCACACGUACACAGAGCACACAUUAAACGUACUGCACACCCCGAACACUCAAGAAAAGAAAAUCUUGCACGAUAUGAUCUCAGAAUUAUCGUAUUCCACCGAGAAAUUUUGUAGAAAACCGAAAGAAAACAGAGAAAACAUUGCAUUCACAUCUGAAAGCAUCGUGUAAAGAAAUAUCAAUUAUUUAAUUAAAUAUACAAUAGAAAGCACUGGGUUUUUACUCGAAGAUUGAGUAAAUAUUAUAAUAUAUUGCAAUAACAAUGAGAUACAUAAUUAUAAUAUAAUAUUCAUAAUACUGUUAUAUAUCAUUUAAAUAACGUAUCGAAAAAUGCUGUCGAAUUGUCGUAUCUAAUAAAUUUUAUAUUUCUUUUCUGGAAAUAGAAUAAAUGGUGGAAGGGCGAUAAUUCCGGGAACAGCUCUUUUUUAUAUUCGUUAGUUGAACGAUUCUUCUCGCGAAAAGGUCCAAGCACAAUCCUAAAUAUCCCAAACGAGGACACGACGACAAUGAUGAUCUCAAGUCUUUAAAUUAAUUAAACGAUAUGUAAUUGUAUAUCUGAUUUCUAGCCUUUGUACAUUUCGCUUCUUAUUCUCGUAUUUAUUUACGUGUUUGUACUCGUAGCGCUAAGCACUAAGUACGAUUAUAAUUCAAGUGGCAAGCGAUAUAAAAUACUAACCACGCGCCCUUCGGGUCGGCUGAGUACAAAGCAUUUAUCUAACAAUCACGUGACGCGUAGAGUAGGGCUGGUGUAUCUGUAUUUGGUCUGCGAUGAUAUACAUUGAACACAUGCCGAGUGUUGUUCUCCAUCAUCGAUUUGACGUUCUUCCCUUUACGUGUGCUUGUUUCAUUUCACUUGCUUAGCCCUUUUACUCGAAUCUAAACAAGGAAAAAUAUUCGGCAUAAUUUGUUAAAAUUCGAUAAGGCAAAAUAUAUAUCAAGAUAAUUAUGUACGAAGGUUUUUUAGGGGUAGAGUUCAAAGGGUUAAUCAAUCAUACACUUUCAAUAUGGACGAUGAGAGGCAUAUUUGCAUUUGAGUUUCUCUCGUCGAAAGGAAAAGGGAUAGAUAAAAAGAAAUGGUCGAAAGCUAAUUGGUGCGACAAAACAAAAGGGAUUUGAUCAAUUCUCUCUGAGAUUCGACGCGUGGUCAUAAUAUUAUUGAAUUAGAAAAUGGUAGAAAUGGUUCAAUUAUUAUUGAAUUUAGAAUGGUAGAAAUGGAGGGGAAAGAGAUUCGAUCUAUGACUUUAUCCAUAAAUCAUUGUCUUUUUUAUUAUUCGUCGACUUUAUUUGUACAUAUUAAUCGUUCUUUUAAUCUGAGCCUGUUGCAAGUGAGGCCAGACAUUAGAAUUCUGCUGAUGACCUUUGAUAUCAAGGACCGACCUCUGGCGGUGUCGAUUGGCUUCCUGAGAAAUUGUAGACGCCCAUCUGUCAUCGUGGAGAGCCUUAGGAAGGAUUUUGAAAAAGUGCGGUAGUUCGGUGUCCCUGAUGACACCGAAUGGCAACUAACCUUGUGCUAAUACCUGAUUGCGUAAGGAAAAAACAGAUCUUAGAUCUUAAAACAGUGGAUCCGUCAAUAAGAAAUAUAACGUUGAUUCAUUCGACAUAUCUAAACUGGCCAAAAGUGCCAUGUUCCUCUUCAUUCCAUUACACUCCUGUCAAAUUAUCGAGCACAUUCCAUAUUUGUGUUAACAAACCCCAGUAAUGUCUUGACGGUAUUAUAGUUUGCGCCUUCCAUAUUCAUAAACUCACGUUGUCUUUCGAAGUUUAACUCAUGCUAAUUUGGGAGGAGUGAUGGGUAGAAGGGUUCACCAUGUUCUCCAUAAAGAACUAUGAUAUCGUGGACUUUCUUUCAAGGGAGCAAUCCAGAGAAAGAGUUCCUUUAUCGAGAGCCGAAAAUGCCGCGAUAGAAUCAAUUUCAAGUGUUCUCUUCGAUGACACUGGGCGUAAAGAGAGUUGAUUCUCGAAGAAUUAAAGAGUAGAAAAAAAGAUAAAACUUCUCGCGAGUAGAAGAGUGAUAAAUACGUAAUCCAAGUAUACUCUAUUGCGGAAAACCGACCAGAGGAAGGUAUCCGAGGUGUGAUAAGGCAAGAGAACGCAAAAUUGAUAAUCCACUUAUUUAUUUAUUUUCACGACGAACGUCUAUCUUCAACUCUUUCAACGUAGCGCUUUACGGCGGAAAAAUUUGUAUUUUAGCUGAUAAUGAGGAGUGAAUUGUGACGAGUUUUUGAUUCUUUGACUCGCGUACCAGUCGAGUCCUAUCUUUCCUUUUUGCAUUUGUGUCCGUAAAUAAAAAAAUCGGUGGAAUGAAAAAAGAAAGAAGCGAGACGCGACCAACCCUCGCCUAUUGGAGUAUUAUAGGAAUCAUUAAUAUAUUAUCAUUCAUUAGUUAUCGCAUGUAAUAGUAAAUAGUAAUAGUAAUAAUACUAAUAUCGGCAGUAAUAACUAGUAAUAUAAUCUAAUUUAAUGUAUUAUUUAUAUUAAUUAAGUUUGAUAACGUGGCGUUGUACCGUUAUUCUACUUUUUUAACAGCAGGUUGGCGGCUCGAAUUUCGAUUGAGAUUAUCUGACCUUCCUAUGCGCGAACCGGUCGAUCAAUGUCUCUCCUUAACGCAAGAAAAAAUGUCCAUGUCCCACAUAGACUUUUUUUGCUCUUAAAUAAACAGCCUCGGAUAUACACGUGCAAAAAUGUUAAUUAAGAAAAAUAUAAAUAAAUAUUAAUCGAGCGUCCUAGAAAAGACUGAAGAGGAUGUCUCAAGUAUAGAUAUUUAUUUUAGAUAUUUAUUUAAAAAAAAAUUAGAUAAAUCUCGACAAAAACGCGCAUGGAAGCGUCGCGAUAUAUUUCACAUCGAAAAUUCAUACACACAUAUAUAUUAAUUCUCCGAUCUAUUCCAAAAAAGUAUCUCCGUUCUAUAUAUAAUAUAUAUAUAUAUAUAUAUAUAUAUAUAUAUAUAUAUAUAUGUAUAUAUAUAAAAUAUAUGUAAGCUAAUAAGUUCGCCACUACUUCUUCUUCACGUGAUAGAAAUGCGUACAAGUACGGCAAUAUGGGACUAUUUCAAACGCAACACUCGUUUCUUUCGCUUCACAUACGCAUAUAUAUGUACGUCUCGAUCCGUAUAAAUAAUAUGAUAAUAAAUGCGUAAUAUCCGAGUGCGCAUAUGCGAGAGAUCACACUGAUACAUUUUCUAGAUAAGGCAGCUUUUUUAUUUCGGAUGACAAUGAGAGUACAACUGUAGAAUAUAUCAUCGGGGCCCGAUGGCUUUUUUUUAAACAUAUAUAUGACAAGAUUAUCCUCCUCGUAUAUCGCGUUCCGCAAGAAAAGAAAAGUGACAAUACAAUGACAAACACGAUAUCUUUGUAUCGAGUUUUGAUUAAGCGCGUUUCUCCCAUAGAUUUCGGAUCUAACAGGUGUUGUGAUAACACACUCUAUGCGCAGCAUCAUCUUUUUUGUCCAAAUUUAUUUCAUGUUUAUUAUAUAGCUCGGGAAUAUUUUUAAAUCUCUCUCCCCCGUCUGUCUUGUAAUUAAGAUGAAAUUAUGGUUGAAAUGAUUUUGCAUUUUGAAAGCAUGAUGAUGAUGAAGCAUGAACUUUCGCGAUACCUGUUGCAUUCCAAGGGAAAUCAAAAUUCCAUAUCAACUUCCGGAAUAAACUUAGCCUUAUUAACGCGCACCUUAAUAAAAAUGCCAUUAUAUAACUACUACUACUUCCAACUGUCUAUAAGUAUAUUGAAGAUCGUUGUUCUUGCUAAAAAGUUUUUUAUAAAGGAGUAAACUCUCAAAAUACACAAUACCGUUCUCGACGAUGCCAAAAUAGUAUUAAAUAAUGAGGAAGUGUUUGUAAAAUAUAUAACAAUUGAUAUAUACAAGAAUGAGAAAUAAAUAAUAAAAACCAUCGCGUGUCCGAAAGAUAUAGAUUGAUAUGCAACGAUUAGCGUUUAUCCUCGUAAUUAUACUUUCUCUUCGAGAGUCUCUUUGUUACAGGCACAAGUUUAUUAAAUCAAGCAAAUACGCAGAAAUUGCAAACAUAUUUCAUAGAUAAAAUUUUUAGACAAAAAAUUAUAUUUAAUAAAUCGACGGAUGAUUUUUGCGCAAUUUUUCGAGCGAGCGAGUCGUUGCAUAAAUCCAUGUAAUAAGGAGGAAAAAAUCUGAAAUCUGAUUAAUUAAAUUAGCGAAAAAGGGGGGUUACGAUUGAAGAUAGAAGGACGGUGAAUUAAGAAAGAAAGAAAUAAACGUUGAAGAGUGUAUUUUUUCUUCCAAUGCCAAAAAGAUGCCAUUUUGUUUUAUACAAAAAAUUCUACGAGAAAACUCAGAAAAAAAUUGACGGGCGAGUGAAGAAGAAAGAGAGUGAAUGAAUGAAUGAAUAAAUGAAUGAAUAUAUGAAUGAGAGAAAGAAAUGAGAAAACAAAGUUUUUAAAUAGUUUGUAGCAAACGUAUGGAUGUAUGUAACAAUAAAAACAACAAACAAAGCAAAACGAAACAAGUCGAUGUAUAUGUUUCGCGAAAUCAAUUUUGCACGCCUUCCAUCAAAUUACAAAAAGAAUCUAAAGAGCGCUUACACUAGUUAACGCGAAAUCCUUAAUUGUCCAAACUUUAUUUUACUCUCUUUGUAUAAGUAUAUACCGUUUUAAACGUGCACACACAUACCAGCUGGGUUUGUUACAAGCCGAUUUGUUGAUGUAACUCAGACCCGAGAAUUGACAAAUGUAAUGUAUGUUGUAAGGAUGCAGCGUUACAUAUACACCGACCACAUAUAUGUGUAUAUAUAUUUUUGGAUAAAACCAUGAAGAAAAAAAUUUAAAUCGAAAUUCGGGCGGGGACGCGCGAGAACGUGAUUAUCUCUCGGCGAAAUCGCAGUUUCACACGAAAUUAGUGAGAUAUUCUUCCUGAAAGCGAGAUAAAUAGAGAGAAAAAGAGUGACAGAAUGAAAGAGUGAAAGAUAAUAGUCGAGAGAGCUUUCACGCACGUCGCUCCCUAAUGUAUUUAUGAAUAUUUAUUUACGCGAAGAGUGGAAAAGAAAUUUAAUAUAUUGACGAUUUAAAGAAGUGAAUUGUAAGUUAUAAGCGUAAGUUUUCUAAGAGCCGUAAAUUGUAAAGCAUUUUUUGCGCGCGAUUAAAGUCACGCGCAAAAGCAAAUCGAAGCAAGAAUGAAGAUGGGAGAGACAGCGAAAGCAAUGGAAUAAAAAGACUCACUUUGGGCGAAAAAUAUAAAUGAGAGGACGUUUCAGGUUUAAUAAUAAAUAAAUUUCAUUCAGGGGAUGCAUAGAGAGAGAAAGAGAGAGAGAUGCGCGUCCACUUAAGAUUGAAGUAUGCUUAAAAGUACGAUAUAGUGAGUAUAUGAUACGUAUAAGUAAUAAAAUAAAUGAUUUUAGCUAUCGAUGACUAUUAUCAACAUAAGAAUACAUUUAGACAAAGAUAUGUGGUAAGACAGAUGUAAUUGUCCUUUGUGAAUAUACAUAAGAGAGAAAUGAAAAAUACAAAAAACUUUUAUGAGUACAA